UCAACGGCUCAAAAGGGAGGGAACGUUUCCCGCCAAAACCUGUCGUUCUAAAGGAAAUGCCGAGCUUCCUGGUCUCCCUCCCUCCACUGUCUCUGAGCUCACAAACCCUAGCAGCUCAUCUGCAGGGAGAUGGCCGAAACCCCCAAAUUAACGAAACGAUCCUCUCCUCGGAUUCUCAAAUCGUCGCCAUCUUCAGCCGUUUCGAUCCCCCCGACACCGGAAGCUUUGGUUCCUCGCCGGUCGUCGCGGCGGAUCUCUUUGGGUUCCAGCCCCCCACCCCCCUGCAAAUCACUUCUUCAAGUUGAAGAAACCACUAACAUUCAUGGAGAAACUCCAAAAUCCGCUAAAAAUGGCAGAAGAUCGACCAAACGUUCGGAGAAAGCAUCGGUCGGAGUUUCAUUUGCUCCGGUUUCUCCUGAUUGUUCAGAGUCAAAGAAAAGGAAAAGGUCUGAGGGGGCGGAAGCAGCUAAAACGAGAGCUCGGGUUUUGAGAAACUCGACGUCUCACACAAAGAAAAAGAACAAUGACGUACCCAAGAGGCGUGUGUAUUACAAGAAGGUCGUCUAUGACGAAGGAGAAUUCAGUAUAGGAGAUGCUGUUUAUGUCAAGAGGAGAGAGGACGCAAGCUCUGAUGAUGAAGAUCCCGAAGUGGAAGAGUGUCGCAUAUGCUUCAAGUCUGGAAAGGCUCGGAUGAUUGAAUGCGAUGGUUGCUUGGGCGGAUUUCAUCUCAGAUGUCUCAAACCUCCUUUAAAGGUUGUUCCAGAAGGGGAUUGGAUUUGUGGAUUUUGUGAGACUCGGAAAAUGGGAAAGGCGGUUGAACUUCCAUCCCCUCCGAAGGGGAAGAAACGGAGUAGAACCUUGAGAGAGAAGCUCCUUUCAAGCGAUCUAUGGGCUGCACGUAUUGAGAGUUUAUGGAAAGAACCAGACGGGGCCUACUGGUUUCGGGGACGCUGGUAUAUAAUUCCAGAAGAGACUGUAGCAGGAAGACAACCACACAAUCUAAGGAGAGAGCUUUAUCGCACAAAUGAUUUUGCUGACAUUGAGAUGGAAUCUGUCCUUAGGCAUUGCUAUGUUAUGAACCCCAAGGAAUUUUCUAAAGCCAACAAUGAGGGAGAUGAUGUAUUUCUUUGUGAAUAUGAAUAUGAUAUCCAUUGGCACAGUUUCAAGCGUAUAGCAGAGAUUGAUAACAAUGAUGAGGAUGGAGAAGCUGAUAGUGAUGAAGAUUGGGAUUCUUGCAAGGAAUCAGGUUUUGAUACAGAAGAAGAAUUGGAAUACGAAGAGAAGAAUGAGAAGGGUUUAUUAGCUGGACAAUCCCCUGCUCAUGAAGUGGCUGCGAACUCAUGCAAGGGACGGAUUUUUGGCCUUCAGAAAAUAGGGGCAAAGAAGAUCCCAGAGCAUGUGAGAUCCCACAAGCCAACUGAACUUGAAAGAGCAAAAGCUUCACUCUUGUUGGCAACUUUACCAAAAUCACUGCCCUGCAGGAACAAGGAGAUGAAGGAGAUUACUGCUUUUCUGAAAGGUGCCAUUUGUGAUGAUCAAUGUCUAGGGCGUUGCUUGUACAUCCAUGGUGUUCCUGGAACUGGCAAGACUAUGAGUGUACUUGCAGUGAUGAGGAAUCUAAAGUCUGAAGUUGAUGCAGGAAGUAUAAAACCAUAUUGUUUUGUAGAAAUUAAUGGUUUAAAAUUGGCUUCACCAGAGAAUAUUUACAGGGUUAUAUAUGAGGCACUAAGUGGUCACAGGGUAAGUUGGAAAAAGGCUUUGCACUUGCUAAAUGAACGAUUUUCAGAGGGUAAUAAAGUCAAUAAAGAGGACAACCAACCAUGCAUCCUACUUAUUGAUGAGCUUGAUCUUCUUGUAACCAGGAAUCAGUCGGUUCUGUAUAACAUUCUUGACUGGCCUACAAAACCACACUCAAAAUUGGUUGUAAUAGGAAUAGCUAAUACCAUGGAUCUUCCGGAGAAGUUGCUUCCUCGCAUUUCAAGCCGCAUGGGGAUUCAAAGGCUCUGCUUUGGCCCCUAUAAUUAUCAACAACUUCAAGAGAUAAUUUCAACUCGUCUUAAAGGCAUUGAUGCAUUUGACAAACAAGCUAUAGAGUUUGCAUCAAGAAAGGUAGCAGCUAUUUCAGGAGAUGCUCGUCGUGCCCUGGAAAUUUGUAGGCGUGCAGCAGAAUUAGCAGAUUAUCGACUUAUGAAAUCACACUCUGAUCAUGAUCCUGCUGCUUCAGGAAAAGCAACUGUUGGAAUGGCUGAAGUUGAAGCAGCCAUACAGGAAAUGUUCCAGGCGCCUCAUAUACAAGUUAUGAAAAACUGUUCCAGACUGAGUAAAAUCUUUCUGGUUGCUAUGGUGCAUGAGCUCUACAAAACUGGAAUGGGUGAAACCACCUUUGAGAAGAUAGCAACAACCAUUUCCUGUCUCUGUGCAAGCAAUGGUGAAGCAUUUCCUGGCUGGGAUGUGCUCUUGAGAGUUGGCUGUAAGCUUGGUGAAUGCAGAGUUAUAUUGUGCGAGGCUGGAGCUAGGCAUAGAUUACAAAAGUUGCAGCUUAACUUCCCGAGUGAUGAUGUGGCAUUUGCACUGAAAGACAGCAAAGAGAUACCUUGGUUGGCAAAGUACCUGUGACUGAUGACUUGAGAGGAAAAAAUCAUAACUACAUUCUUAGAAUUAUUUAUUGACUUUUCCAUUUUCACCUCAUCAAAGUCUGGGUUGAAUUUCCUGGAUUAGGUGAUCUUUUUUUUUUUUGAUUAAUGAUGUUUUCUUCACACAAUUCUUUUUUGAACUUCACAUUCAAUUUUUCUAGACAACGAAUGCCAAUUUUUAGGACCUAGAUGUAUUUAACCCCCCCCCCCCCCCCAACACAGAAGAGAGAGAGAGAGAGAGAGAGGAAAUUGUGUACUGGGGUGGAUAACAUCCUGGAUGACUUGACUCAAACGAGGAUCUUUAGUCCAUUUGACAAAUAUUGAGAGGGAACGUUCGUCCUUUGGUGGAUGCAAAUGAAAAUGCUGCAAGAAUCAUUUGGUUGAAGCA